GUGAUAACCUGUGCUCCUGCCUCCUGUUUUAUUAGUCUUUUCUCCUUUAUUUUAACAUGACUGUGUAGCCAGGCCCUGUGCUCCCACGUCCCCCGCCCCGCUGCUGGCCCGCGUAGGUGUGCUGAUGCCAGGUAACGGAGAGUGGUGGUGAACAUGACGCAGUGAGUACAGGAGAAAGACAAUGACAAUCCCUCACAACAACAUGGCCGAGGGGGAGACGGAUGAGCAGGAAACACUCAUCCGCGCUGACGACCUACAGGAGCUGAGCGUCGGAGGUGCCGGUGCCAGUGACGGAGGCGGGGGCAAUGGGGGAGGUGGGGGAGCAGGGGGAAGCAGCAUGUUGGCCCUCCCCUCUCUCCUGCAGCAGCCGCCCCCUGCCUGGCACCUGCCCCUGCACUGCGCUGCCCUGGUGGUGGUGGCCGCCGCCCUUGUCAUAAUGCUCCCUGUGUACCUAGAGUCCAUCAACAUAGCUGGUGACGCAUAUUCCGGCCUCCUCUUCUUCUCCCUCUUCACGGCGGCCCCCAUCGUCCUUUGUGUCCAAGUACGCUACAGCUACUUCUGCCAACUGGGGCGCCUGGGACCACCCUCGCCUGCCCGUGUGUUCCGCCUUGGGGCCGCACACGGGCUGGCUACGCUCAUGGCCGUGUAUGCGCUGGACCGGCGGAGGGUGGUGUGUCACGCCCAGGAGCCUCUCAUGGGGCUGGUGGUGAUGUACAUGAUCAUCAUUUACUUCUUCUACCGGGGACCAGAGUUGAGUUCUGCCAAGAUGUUCUCCCUGUGCGGUGUGCUCAGCGGACUCUUCCUUGCUGUGGACUUCCAGCUUAACAACAAGUUCCGUUGCCGAGGGGCUGAGCGGGGCAGUGAAGGGACGAUGGAGGGGUAUGAAUGGGGGAUGGAGGCCCAUUCACUGUGGACCAUCGUGUACGCUGUGGCGCUGUUCCUCUUCACACUGGCCUGGCUGCUGCUGGAGAGGGAGGUGCUGUCCAAGAAGGGCAUUGAUCCAGGCCGACACCUCAUCACCACUGUAUCAGGCGUGGCUGGUGGUGGUGGUGAAGACACAGAAGCACUGGUGGUAGUGACUGGCAGCGGUGGUGGUGGUGGUGGUGGUGGAGGGCUGGUGUUGGUGCCACCCCCUUCUUUGCCCAAUGCCAAGUGGGAGCUGUACAUGGUGUGGUUCACACUGGCCUCCCUCGCCACCACCCUCGCCCUCCUCUGGACAGACUUUUUCACCACGCUUGGCAAGGCUGGUUCUCCCUCUGAGUUUGUCCACCUGGCUGCUGGUGCGUGGAGGUGUCACUUCCACUGGGGGGGUGAGUGUGGCCCAACAGCCCUGUAUGGGUGGUCCAUGGCAGCACUACACGUCAUGUUCCUGGGGCUGCUGGGGAAAGUGAUGGCGGCCACACAGUCCAUGGUGUUCGCCCUGGCCACCACCGCCCUGGCCCUCCCUAUACAGGCCAUCUGGUGGUCACUCUUCACCAUGGGAGGGCCGCUCGGCAUGGUGUGGCAGCCCCAGGUGACUGGGGAGCUUGUGUUCAGCCUGCUUGGGGCGCCCGUCAUGGUGGCAUGUCUCUGCUUCUGGUGCCAUGUGGACGCCCGCCACGCCCACCGCACCAACAGCCUCCUCCUCACCUAGGCACUGACCGGGCAGGGGCAGGGCUGGAGUGUGUGUGUGUGUGUGUGUGUGUGUGUGUGUGUGUGUGUGUGCUCAUUGUAUUUGUUUUCUAGUCUCCUGACAUACAUGCUUAAUGCAAGCUUAUCCGUCACUUUACAUGUUAUCAUACAUACAGUGUUUGUCGCCAACACAUGCUGUUGAAGCUCCUCUAAUUUAUUUAUUUAUUUUUCCAUGUGUUGUGACAGUUAACUGUGUGUGCACUUAAAGGAAUUUGCAGAAUAUUAAACUAAAUGCUUACUAUAAGGCCAUGGUAAAUGAGACACUGAGUGCAGUAAAGGGACAAAUGCCACAUUCCUGAACUUUAGAUUUUACUAUUAUGCUACUACACAACAUUUCCUCUAACUCCAGACAACAAAGCUGCCUGGUACUGCAGUGUUUCUUAGGCUGAGAGUACACAUAACUUUGUGCCUGUAAGGAAAAUCACCUGUAUAGUGUGUGAUUUUCUGUGGAGGGCUGAUGAGCAAGAGAUGGGGACAAGCACUCACUCCCUUCUGUAUCUGCCUCUCAUUCUUUUGAUUUCCAGAGAGAAGGGGUCAGGCAUCUGCUUCCCUCAGUAGCAGCCUCUCUUAUAUAGUCUGUUUCAUUUCAUCUGUCCACCGACAAAGUAGGAAUUUUGAUGAAUGUGUCACCUGCACAUUUCUAGUUCAUGAAUGCGAGAAGUUCAACUGUUGUGAUAGACAUUCAAGCUUGUUUUUCAGUAAUAUAUUUGAAUGUUUGUGUAUACAAAAAACAACUCAGUUGUUUGCAUCAAUAAUCUAACAUACAAGCACACAAAAAGAAAAGCUGGCAUCAAAUAUUAAAAGACAUCUGGCUCUGCAAGUGCAAGUAAGGGUAUCUUAAUAAUUUACUGCUUUUAAAUACCUAUUAUAAAUCGAAAUAACAUGAAAUAGUAAAUAAUAAUUGUUGAAUGCGAUGCUAGGCUAUUUAGAUUUAGUUAUUUACAUGCAACACAUCAAAAUUCCUUAUAUAUAGACACUUGCAGAGUCUGAUAUCACUUUAUGUACCUGAAUGAGAUGAAAUAUGGGUAUCUGAAAGGCUAUGAAGGCUAUGAAUCGUCUGAGUAUGAUCAAACUAUACUGUUUGAUAUACAAGUUGUUCUUUCAUGUGCUUGUAUGGUAGAUUAUCGAUGCAAAUUGGCACGUUUGCAGUUCAUGUAAGAGGGCUUGAGGUUUUUUCGUAAACACAGACACUCAAAUAUAUCACUGAAAAUAUAAGGUUGAUCUUCACGCAAUCACAAACUGACAAUACGCAGGUACCACAUCUGUGUUCACGAGUGGACAGACAGAAUGAAACAGACUAUACCUAGUCACUAUUCUCUGGUCUCAUAGUUGAUGGAAGUUCCUUUUCCUACAAAUGUCACAGAAAUGCUAUGUGAUAGAACUUCAAUCUCUUCAGUUAUUUUUCAUUUGGUGGGAAGGAGGAAGGGAAGACCACUUUGAGGAAGAUGAGAGGGUGAUGAGAGUUGUGAGGGCUGGAGGCACGCAGCAUGGCCCUGCCAUGCUGUCCACAUGCAUCUUCUUGCACAAAGUGAAAAGGAGAAAGGAAGGAGAUUCUCUCUCUCUCUCAUUUUUUCUGAUAUAUCUAUCUCAAUCUUGCUCCUUUUAUAUUGAGGUUUUAUGGUUGCUUACAUAAGAAAAUGUGCAUUUAGCAACAAAUACUUGUUUACAUGACUGAUAACACGUUUGGUCACUUGUUCUCUGAUCACCUUGUUCUCUGAUCACCUUAUUGGUAAUAACAUAUGCUUUUGCUUUUAUCCAAACACUAUGAUAAUCUUUUUAUUUUUUGGAUGUGAUCAACAGACAUUACUGCUUCCAUGUAAGAAAAUUUUUAAUUCAGUGGCCCACAUCAGUUGAAUUAAAAACAUCACACCCUUGUGAGCAGCAGCUCCCUUGCCUCUUAAACUAUCACUAGGUGAGCACCAUUCAAAUCAAUGCACUUUUGUGCAAUCCUUAAGCCCUUAAAAUUUGUGACAUUAGCAUAAAUUAAAGCAGAUUAAACAGUUGUAUAACCAGCUUCUUGAAUGGAGUAAAUAUCUUCAUUCAUUGAAGAGUCAGGGUGGGUUGAAAUCUCAGAAAACUUGAAUGCACUUGAUUCAAUUCAAACUGACGCUUGUCCCCAUAUCGCACUCAGGGCCUCAAAUAUAUACUCAGUUGUAUUUAUAAUUGUGAGUCUCAUAUACCAGUCACACAAAAGGUGUAAUCUUUUGGGGAUGGGGUAAAGAAGAAAGGGGAGAGGAAAAGGAUGAGUAAAGGGAAGAGGGUGGAAAAGACAUUUAAUGUAGGCAGAGGAAGAUAAGGUAAGGGGCUCAUCUCUGUACCAUUGGCCCUUGAGCCUGUGGUGGGUGAGAAUCCUUUAGCCCAGGCCCAAUGUAAAAUCUGGGUUACCAUAGUUUACCUUCCCCAGGUUUCUCCAGGUACCCAUUUAUCCCAUCCUGAAGGGAAGGCUGAAGAGCUUAGUGGGCUGUGUGCCAGCUGUCCAGACCGGGAUUCAGACUCAGGCCUACGGAUUUAAUAGACAGAUGAACAAUGACUAAAGUAUAGUCUCCCUUCUCGCUACAUGGAGGUGAGCAGUUAUUAAAAGUUAGCCCACUCCAUACUUCCCACACAUAAAGGACAGAAGUGAAGCAGAUUGAAAUAGAAAAUCAGUGUAGAAAGGGAUUCAAAGGCUGCCUCCAGCCACUACAUAAUGCCACUACAAUCAUUGUGCCAAAUGAUAAAUCUUCAUAGCUGUUGGCAAAAGAUAUAUGUAUGUGUGUAUUUGCUUAUACUUUUGUUUUUUGUUGAUAGUCAUCAUAGGUAUGGAAACCUGUGUCUUCCCCUUUGUGACCUAACGAAAAAAAUUGUGAUAUAUAAUUUUUUUCAUGAUUUUAGCAUCAAGAAUUCAUAAUAGUGACUUCAUCACAUGAAUAUUUUUCUAUGCUAUCCAUGCCAGUGAUUUUACAGCAUUCCAGGGAAAGUUAGCUUCAUUAGGAAGAAUAGGAGGAAGAGAAGGCCGAGGAGGAGGAAGAAGGAGGAGGAGGAAUCUCUUCUGGUUAACCAAAAAAGUGUGUGUGUGUGUAUGCAUGCAGGUGGCCAUAUGUAAACCAUAAAUAUGUAUUCUCAGCUGCUUAGCCACAUAUGUAUGUGUGUAUCUUCUGAGUGUGAACCCCUCAACAUGUAUAGGUCUGCUGUGUGCUAUAUGUGUGUGUGUACUUAUGUGUGUGUGUGCUUAAGGUGUAUGUAUACCUUCAACACUAAUACAAUCAGGUUUCCUUAUUAAGGUGUGUCUACAACCAGUCAGGUGUAGACACAGGUAGGCAGCCUAAGGCACACCACCACCAAAUGCUGUGGAGAUAAUCAGCACUUCUGAGGCAACACAGCUCAGUACAAUCAAACAUUUGUAAGUAGCAACUGUUUGAGGAGAUCUGUUGACAACCAUUUUAAGUAGCAGCUGAAAUCGUGAAGUGUGAAGGUUAGCUCAUCUGUAACCAGAACUAUUAGAAAAUAUAACCAUAACUGUUCGUGAUGUCACACCACAAUUCUUCAAUGUACAGUGGAACUAGUGAGUGAAUCCUGUAGUCCUGGGUUGCAGGACUUGCCCACUGGGUCACCACCUCCAACAAACUAAUAAAAAGAUACUGGAUUAGAAGCCCCCUUGCUGCAUGUGGUGCUGUCAGAAGCUUUGCAGUGGAGUCUUGAGGGUGAUACAGAAACUCAAACGGAGUUAUAUUUCCUCUCCAUUAACUCUCCAUCCAUGCGGCAGUGUUAGCGACUUUAUUUCUACAAUGCGAUGGCAAAGUCUGUCUCCCUCAAUUAUAAUCCCUCUAUUGAUAAUCAUACUGGACAAUGCUAGUAACACACAUCAGAUGUUUGCUGUUAGUGUGUUGCUAGUGGCUGCUGCCAGCAUGACCCUUGCUGGUGUUCUGUGUGUUGUUACACCUGCCUGUGUCUACACCUACAAUACAGUGUUACUGGGCUGUGUAAAGCCUGAAGCAGCUGUAAUAGAUGUGCAAUGUGUUAACACUAACCAGUGAUUGAUCACAUGGGACACCAUACACAUCAUGGGACAAAAUAAAAUAUUGAUAUGAAAAAAUUACAUGUGGCUGAAGAGAAGGAAAUUAAUAUGGAAUAAAAACUGUCAUUGACACAUCACUGAACAAAACUUAAGCAUUGACAAAAAAAAAAAAAAAAAAAAAAAAUUACAGUCAAAUGAUUGUGAAGCAAAAGUGAUACAUCAGCACCAGCCUAAUAUCAAAUUACCUUUACUUUUACUGAAAAAGGAAAUUUCAGCAAUGCAGACUAAAAAAGACACACAGAGCAAGUGCUAUGCAACACACUGGGCCAUGCCGAGGCCUGUGUCAGUGUGUGUGUGUCUGGCAUGAAGGUCAGGGUCAUCUCCCCCAACAUGGCUCAAAACAGCCAGUCAGCCGGGGUCACACAUAUCGUUAGCCAAGUGUGUAAAAGUAAUGGAUAUUUAUAAUAGUAAUAAAAAGGAUAUUUA